GUUUUUUUCUUGGUCCUCCGCUUUUGUUCGCUUGCUUUCGCGCCCAUGCGGCACAGCGUUGUCCUCUGCGCGUUUUACUGAACGUGUUGUUUUAACUAGUUCUAACUCGCUGUGUUUAGAGAUCUUGUGUUUUUUAAGGUGUUGCUACGUUUGCAGGUCGUUAUGGGUAAGAAACAGACUAGCAAAUCCAAAAAGGAGGUGGAGGAGCCAGAAGAGUUUGUGGUGGAGAAGGUGAUUGACCAGCGAGUGGUGAAUGGAAAAGUCGAGUUUUUCCUCAAGUGGAAAGGUUUCCCGGAUUCUGAUAAUACUUGGGAGCCUGAAGAAAAUCUUGAUUGCCCUGAGUUAAUUGCUGCCUUCCUGGAGUCACAGAAAGGUGUGGUUGAGAAGCCUGACUCCAACAAGAGGAAGUCUUCCACAGAUGAGCCAGAGACAGAGGAGAGCAAGGCCAAGAGGAAGAAAGAGUUGAAUGAAAAACCAAGGGGCUUUGCCAGGAAUUUGGAACCGGAGCGAAUUAUAGGGGCAACAGACAGCAGUGGUGAACUGAUGUUUCUAAUGAAAUGGAAGGAUUCCGACGAGGCAGACUUGGUACCAGCACGAGAGGCCAAUACCCACUGCCCACAGGUGGUCAUCGCUUUCUAUGAGGAGAGGCUAACCUGGCACUCAUGUCCAGAGGAUGAACAGCACUAGUAUUCUACAAAAUAUCUAUGUACUAUUCCAGCCCUAAAGCUUUCUGGCUGAGCCACCAUCUGCAACCUGGGGCCAGAAUGCUUUCCUUGUUUUGUGCUGCACUGUGGACAGCCUGACUGUGUUUUAUUGUCUUCGUUUGGCCAAAAGGCCUGGGCGAAAUGAGGGUUUUUUUGAUUAAGAUGAAAAUGAAAGUUUGUUCUGUUAGGCUGCUGUGCCCCUUUAUUUUUGUUUGAUGCAUUUGUGUAUCUAUAGACUUCCGUUUGCCCAUUUCCAUUGUCCAGUGUCCACUUAUAAUUCUAUUGCAUUGGGUUCAUACUUGGCCUGACUUUGAAUAGUUCUGCUGUAUAUUUUCUGUAAAUAUUUUUUCAGAAAAGGUUCAAUUAAAGGUAUGUGCCUUUCUUUUAA